CACGAUAUCACGAAUAUUUGUCUUAACCGACCUCCGAGUAGCGAAUAUUCACUUCACUACUACUAACCAUCCUUUAAAUCAUACAUACAUAUCUCAUCGCAUUGAUAUUAGUAUCUACGAUUUUGUAACGAGAAACGCACUGGAUUUCCGAAAGCUAUUUAGAACUGGAGUAUAUCAAAAUGCAGAUCUCAGCUAUUCUCGCAACCGCGCUGCUGCCCCUGCUGGCGGUAGCAGAGACUUCUACCACCACGUCUACCAUGACGAUGACAAAGUACAUCACAAUUAAGAAGGUUGCGACUUCAAGUGUCUUCACUUCGUUUAGCGCAAACUCGACUUCCUUCUACUUGCCUACCGGCACUAUUUCUUCUUAUAUUUCCUCUUCGACUGUUGCUCUUCCGACGACGACAACGACGACCACCGGCUCUGAUGGUACGCCCACAACUGUUGUGCCCACUGUCAGCCCUACUAUCGACAAUAACGACAGCGGCGCGUCGCAUGGUUCUGCACCCAUGGCGCUUGCUGGUCUGGCUGGUAUUAUCGUCGCCGCGCUGAUGUAAAUCUGCACCGCGAUGCGAUGCGCAACUUCGCCGCACGAGCGGCGAAAGGGAUACGACGAAAGCAAAUUUCACGACGUCUAUUUUAAAUGUUCGAUAUGAGCGCCAUUCACUUCAUUUCUUUUGUCAAAAAUCAGCACUCCUCGUUUUCAGCGCUAUCUGGUCACGCUACGCGACAAGGCAACGGAUUGCGA